AUGAAGACUGCACUCAAGCUGCUGCUGUCCCUGGCCUUAGCUGUGGCUCUGUCCAUCAACACAGCACCAGCAACAAACAACUACAGCACCAGCAACAACUACAACUACAGAACCAGCAACAACUACAACUACAGCACCAGCAACAACUACAACUACAGGACCAGCAACGACUACAACUACAGCACCAGCAACGACUACAACUACAGCACCAGCAACAACUACAACUACUGCACCAGCAACAACUACAACUACAGCACCAGCAACAACUACAACUACAGGACCAGCAACAACUACAACUACAGCACCAGCAACAACUACAACUACUGUACCACUAACAACUACAACUACAGCACCAGCAACCACUACAAGUACAGCACCAGCAACAACUACAAGUACUGCACCAGCAACAACUACAACUACAGCACCAGCAACAACUACAACUACUGUACCACCAACGACUACAACUACAGCACCAGCAACGACUACAACUACUGCACCAGCAACGACUACAACUACAGGACCACCAACGACUACAACUACAGCACCAGCAACGACUACAACUACAGGACCAGCAACGACUACAACUACAGCACCAGCAACGACUACAACUACUGCACCAGCAACGACUACAACUACAGGACCACCAACGACUACAACUACAGCACCAGCAACAACUACAACUACAGGACCAGCAACAACUACAACUACAGCACCAGCAACGACUACAACUACUGCACCAGCAACAACUACAACUACAGCACCAGCAACAACUACAGCACCAGCAACAACUACAACUACUGCACCAGCAACAACUACAACUACAGCACCAGCAACAACUACAACUACUGCACCAGCAACAACUACAACUACACAACAACUACAACUACAGCACCAGCAACGACUACAACUACUCAACGACUACAACUACAGGACCACCAACGACUACAACUACAGCACCAGCAACGACUACAACUACAGGACCAGCAACGACUACAACUACAGCACCAGCAACGACUACAACUACAGGACCAGCAACGACUACAACUACAGCACCAGCAACGACUACAACUACAGCACCAGCAACGACUACAACUACAGGACCAGCAACGACUACAACUACAGCACCAGCAACGACUACAACUACUGCACCAGCAACGACUACAACUACAGGACCACCAACGACUACAACUACAGCACCAGCAACAACUACAACUACAGGACCAGCAACAACUACAACUACAGCACCAGCAACGACUACAACUACUGCACCAGCAACAACUACAACUACAGCACCAGCAACAAUUAAAACUACUGCACCUGCAACAACUACAACUACAGCACCAGCAACAACUACAACUACAGCACCAGCAACAACUACAACUACUGCACCAGCAACAACUACAACUACAGCACCAGCAACAACUACAACUACUCAACAACUACAACUACUGCACCAGCAACAACUACAACUACAGCACCAGCAACGACUACAACUACAGCACCAGCAACGACUACAACUACAGGACCAGCAACGACUACAACUACAGCACCAGCAACGACUACAACUACUGCACCAGCAACGACUACAACUACUGCACCAGCAACAACUACAACUACAGCAACAACUACAACUACAGCACCAGCAACGACUACAACUACUGCACCAGCAACAACUACAACUACAGCACCAGCAACAACUACAACUACAGCACCAGCAACAACUACAACUACUGCACCAGCAACAACAACUACUACAACUACAGCACCAGCAACGACUACAACUACUGCACCAGCAACGACUACAACUACAGGACCACCAACGACUACAACUACAGCACCAGCAACGACUACAACUACAGGACCAGCAACGACUACAACUACAGCACCAGCAACGACUACAACUACAGCACCAGCAACGACUACAACUACAGGACCACCAACGACUACAACUACAGCACCAGCAACGACUACAACUACUGCACCAGCAACGACUACAACUACUGCACCAGCAACAACUACAACUACAGCACCAGCAACAACUACAACUACAGCACCAGCAACGACUACAACUACUGCACCAGCAACAACUACAACUACAGCACCAGCAACAACUACAACUACAGCACCAGCAACAACUACAACUACUGCACCAGCAACGACUACAACUACUGCACCAGCAACAACUACAACUACAGCACCAGCAUCAACUACAACUACUGCACCAGCAACGACUACAACUACUGCACCAGCAACGACUACAACUACUGCACCAGCAACAACUACAACUACAGUACCAGCAACAACUACAACUACUGCACCAGCAACGACUACAACUACUGCACCAGCAACAACUACAACUACAGCACCAGCAACGACUACAACUACAGCACCAGCAACGACUACAACUACAGGACCAGCAACGACUACAACUACAGCACCAGCAACGACUACAACUACUGCACCAGCAACGACUACAACUACUGCACCAGCAACAACUACAACUACAGCACCAGCAACAACUACAACUACAGCACCAGCAACGACUACAACUACUGCACCAGCAACAACUACAACUACAGCACCAGCAACAACUACAACUACAGCACCAGCAACAACUACAACUACUGCACCAGCAACAACAACAACUACAACUACAGCACCAGCAACGACUACAACUACUGCACCAGCAACGACUACAACUACAGGACCACCAACGACUACAACUACAGCACCAGCAACGACUACAACUACAGGACCAGCAACGACUACAACUACAGCACCAGCAACGACUACAACUACAGCACCAGCAACGACUACAACUACAGGACCACCAACGACUACAACUACAGCACCAGCAACGACUACAACUACUGCACCAGCAACGACUACAACUACUGCACCAGCAACAACUACAACUACAGCACCAGCAACAACUACAACUACAGCACCAGCAACGACUACAACUACUGCACCAGCAACAACUACAACUACAGCACCAGCAACAACUACAACUACAGCACCAGCAACAACUACAACUACUGCACCAGCAACGACUACAACUACUGCACCAGCAACAACUACAACUACAGCACCAGCAACAACUACAACUACUGCACCAGCAACGACUACAACUACUGCACCAGCAACGACUACAACUACUGCACCAGCAACAACUACAACUACAGUACCAGCAACAACUACAACUACUGCACCAGCAACAACUACAACUACUGCACCAGCAACAACUACUACUACGCCACCCACCACUACUACUACUGCACCAGCUACGACGACAACAACUACAACACAGGCAACAACUACAACUACUACUGCAGCCUCCUCUGCUGUGUCUGA